UCAAUGUCAAUUGUCAUGUAAUUUUCCUUCUUGGAGGGCUUCGCUUGGGCCAUCGAUUUCGUGGAUUUUUUGUAUUUAUACGACGCUUCCAAGGCCGAGAACGUUACUCAGGAAGCACUGUAUUCCAGUAAACCACUUUCGGGCCUAUCAGCUUCUUAUACGUAAGUUUUCAUUCAAAAUGUCUGACGAAAUUGACGAAUAUUUUGAUACGGCUUUGGCCCUGGUAAAAUCUGCGGGAAACCUUAUGACAGAGCAUGUAGGAGGCUGUAAAACCUUCGAACUGAAGUCCUGUGCUAUCGAUUUGGUGACCGAAGUCGAUAAGAAUGUGGAAAAAACGCUUAUUGAGGGCUUAUCUAAGAAAUAUCCAUCUCACAAGUUCAUCGGAGAAGAAUCCGUCGCUGAUGGCGUCAAAUGCAUUUUAACUGAUGCUCCUACGUGGAUUAUCGACCCAGUAGAUGGUACAAUGAAUUUUGUCCAUGGAUUCCCACACAGCUGCAUAUCACUUGGUCUUUCUAUCAAUAAAGAGGUGGUUGCUGGUAUUAUCUACAAUCCUCUCCUACAGCAACUUUUCACGGCUAAGAAAGGUAAAGGCGCCUUCCUGAAUGACAGACAAAUACAUGUGUCUAAGAUCACAGCACUUAAGGAUGCUUUGGUAACAUUUGAAGCAGGUACCAGUAGUGAUGAAGAGAAACGUAAAGUUGUGUUUGAAAACUUCCAAAGAAUCAUAAAGAAUGGUCAUGGAGUUAGAGCUUUAGGUUCAGCAGCAUUAAACAUGGCUAUGGUGGCACUUGGAGGGGCCGAUGCCAACUUUGAAUUUGGUAUUCAUGCCUGGGAUAUAGCUGCUGGUGAUAUAUUGGUUCGAGAGGCUGGUGGAGUGGUUAUAGACCCAUCUGGAGGGCCACUUGAUAUUCUAUCUCGUCGAGUACUUUGUGCAAGUACUAAAGACCUAGCUGAGGAAUUGUCCAAAACAAUAGUCCAAUAUUACCCUGAAAGGGACUAAGGUACAUUGAGAGGCACUAACACUAACCACCUUACAAAUAAAAAAUAAACCAGGGAUGAACGUGACUUUGAGUAUUUGACAGCCAAGCAAAAUUUAAUCGAAUUAUCAUACAAUUAGACUGAACUUUGCUUGGCUGUCAAAUACUAAACCCACAUUCAUCCCUGGUUUAUUUUUUAUUUGUAAGGUGGAUAGUGUUCACAACUUUAUAAUCAUGUUACAUAAAUAGAUGUGUAUGUAUGUCACUUGAUUCAUUAUUAUUAUAAUCUCAUACAAAUCCUGUGAAAAUGUAAUUGAAAAUGUACCUAAUUAUAGCCUACAAGCAGGCUUUAGUUAUUAUUUACUCUGAAUCAAUAUUAUGUGUUAUGAUUUCUUUCAAUUGUGAUUUAAUAAAAUCUCUUUCUUAACUAUUUAGCAAUCAUAUACUUACCAAAUGUACUUAGUGUUACCAAAAAUUUGAUUGUGAUUUGUAUUUUGAGUUAUUAAUGGUUAUUAAUAAUAAUAGGAAUAUUUUAACCUAGUACUUAAUGUUA